GUCAAGCUUCUUAUUUGAAAUCAUGGACGCCAACAACAAGGAUGAACCAUCAGGCAGGAUUGGUGGUGAUGGAGACAUUGGAUCUGUCAUGGGAUUCUCUGGGUUUGGUAAGAAAGCCCGCACGUUUGACCUGGACGCCAUUUUUGAGCAGACUCGGCGAACAGCUAUUGAAAGGAGUCAGUAUGUGUUAGAGGAACGUGAGAAGGACACUCAAAAAGAAGAAGAAGGGGAGAGCUCCAUGCCAGUUACACACAAAGCAGCAACGUCGUCUUUUAGGGAACAGCAAAGUGAGAGCAGCAGUGACAGUAGUGAGUCAGACUCUAACUCAGACUCAGAGCUUAUUGGCCCACCGGUGCUUCCUCAACACGGAGGUCAUGAGAAUGACAAUGAGCUUGUAGGACCACCUCUUCCACCGGGUUAUACUGGCAGCACGGCACACAGUGAUGAUGAUGACGAUGAUGAAAGGGAAGAUGAUGAUGAUGACGAUGAUGAUGAUAAUCCAGUGAAAAGGGUUCCAGACACUCAUGAGAUCACGCUGCAGCACGGCACGAAAACAGUAUCAGCUCUUGGCUUAGACCCCUCAGGAGCCCGUCUGGUGACUGGUGGAUAUGAUUAUGAUGUGCGGUUCUGGGACUUUGCUGGGAUGGACCAGUCUCUGCAGGCCUUCAGGUCCUUGCAGCCCUGUGAAUGUCAUCAGAUCAAGGCCCUGCAGUACAGCAUCACUGGUGAUGUCCUCCUGGUGGUUUCCGGCAAUGCACAGGCCAAAAUAUUGGACCGUGACGGCUUCAAUGUCAUGGAGUGUGUGAAAGGAGACCAGUACAUUGUGGAUAUGGCUAACACAAAGGGCCACACAGCUAUGUUGAAUUGUGGUUGCUGGCAUCCCAAGAUUAAAGAGGAGUUUAUGACCUGCUCCAAUGAUGGCACUGUUCGCACAUGGGACGUGAACUCGGAAAAGCAACACAAGUCUGUGUUCAAACCUCGCUCCUUUCAGGGGAAGAAGGUCAUCCCUACAUGUUGCACCUACAGCCGUGAUGGGAAGCUCAUAGCAGCGGGCUGCCAAGAUGGUUCCAUCCAGAUCUGGGACAGAAACUUAAGUGUUCACACAAAGUUCCACUGUCGGCAGGCUCACACACCGGGAUCUGACACCUCUUGCCUCUGCUUUUCUUACGAUGGCAUGACUCUUUCAUCACGUGGAGGUGACGACACUCUGAAGAUCUGGGAUAUACGCAACUUCAGGAAGCCUGUGAAUGAAACUACCAGAUUGACCAACUACUUUUCCAUGACCGAUUGCUGUUUUAGCCCCGAUGACAAGCUUCUCGUGACGGGGACCUCAGUGAAGAAAGAUGAGGGAAAUGGAAAAUUGGUUUUCUUUGAUCGAGUUUCCUUUCAGAAGGUUCACGAGGUAGAAGUUACUAAUGCGAGUGUUGUCCGCUGUCUGUGGCACCCAAAACUUAACCAGAUAAUGGUGGGAACUUCGAACGGACUGGCCAAGGUAUACUAUGAUCCGAUCAAAAGCCACAGGGGGGCUAAGCUGUGUGUAGUGAAGAGUCAGCGCAAAGAGAGACAAGCAGAGGCACUAACACAAGAUUACAUCAUCACACCUCAUGCCUUACCCAUGUUCAGAGAGGCCCGACAGCGAAGCACACGAAAACAGCUGGAAAAGGACAGACUUGACCCAAAGAGAUCCCACAAGCCUGAGCCUCCUGUGUCUGGACCAGGUCGAGGAGGCAGAGUAGCAGCUCAUGGUGGCACUCUGUCUUCAUUCAUUGUGAAGAACAUUGCUCUUGAUAAAACUGACGACAGUAACCCACGAGAGGCCAUCCUGCGUCACGCCAAAGAAGCAGCAGACAACCCUUACUGGGUUGCCCCAGCAUACAAAACGACCCAGCCGGAGCCUAUGUUUGCAGAGGAAUCAGAGGAGGAUGAGGAGGCUGAAAAAGAACCAGAAUGGAAGAAACGCAAAAUCUGAAAGACUUCAGUAGGAGCUAAUUGAAUACCAGAUAACCGACAGGGUGCGCAUGCACGGCUGAACUCAGAGGUUUCGUCUAAAACUCUGCAUAGCAGAAACAAUUAAAUUGAUAAAAUUUAGUGUCUGUCCUCCCGCUGGUACAGUUAAGCACAAACACUUCAUUUGUGUAUGCUUCUGUAUCGAGGGAAAUGUAACUUCAUACAGUUUAUGUCCAACUCCUCGGAAUUCACAAUCCGCCAAAAGGACUAAACUUUUGACGUCCGUUUUACUUAUGUGGAGUGUAUUUUUUUUUUUUUUUUUAUAAUUUCCAUUGUCCUCCAGAGUUUGCUAAUGCCUCAUAAAUCAUCUCUAGAUUUUGUGGUCUGGCGCUUUUCAUCGCCAUGAAGAACAGCUCACAAACAAUAAAUCACAAAGACGUAAUAAAAAUGCAGCCUGUGCUACGUGGGAAUGUUUUUAUGGUUUGAUAGUUUUGGAACUAUGCUUUUUAUCUUUUUCUUGGAUUGUGGCAUUUUAAAGCCUCAUUCAUGUAUUUCCAGAUUAUCUUUAUAAUCUACAUCAUAUAUCCCACUUGGAUAACUAAAAGGAAUUUGUACCUUCUUGUCAAGUAGUGAUAUAUUUCAUGUAAAGUGAAAAGGAGUCGUUUUUAGGAGUUGUUUUUACCUGCUGAUCAAAGGAAUACCCUUCCUCUGAGGCACCAGCUGAAGAUGUCCCAUGCAGCCUGACUUUCUCAAAUCUCAAAGCUGUUUUCACUCAUUGCUUUUCCAAAGUAUGAACAUGUUACACAUUAAAUAAAUUAAAU